UGUGAGGACGAGAUUGUGUCUGUGUGUGAGGGAUUGUUCGACACAGUGAGCGGGGUGUGUGUGUGUGUGUAUGUAUGUGUGUGAGAGACAUUGACUUAGAGAGGGUAAACAGGAUUGUUUGGUAUUUCUGUCUGCAGUCUGAAAUCAACAGACAGGGAGUGUGUGUGUGCACGUGCAUGCUGUAUGUGUGCACAAGAGUGUGUGCGCGUUUCAUGUUGUAUUUUUUGCUGUUAAUCAAAAUGGAAGAAAAGCAGCUCUAACACAACAGCACUUUGCACAGCUUCAGACGGCCACUCAGCUGCUGAAGGAGAGCGGCGUUGGUAUUGUUGCAUCUCUGGUCUCCUCCUUCCUUCCUUCCUCCUCCUCCUCCUUCCCCCUCCCUUCACUCAUCCACCCAUCCGUCCACCCGUCCACUCCCUCUCCUCUCCACACACGCACACCGAUUUUCGCAUCGCCUCCUCCGGCACAAUGACCAACGAUUCUCCGGAGGAGGAGACCCGAGCUCCGCGCGGCGGCGGAGGAGAAGGAGGAGGAGGAGGAGGAGAUGGAGGAGGGAAAGGAAUCACACGAAGGAACCCAGCGGACGACAAUGUGACCAUCCUGACAUCCUCCAUGGAUUUCCAAAGAGCCGGCCGGAGCCGAGCCAGCAGCAGCAGCAACAACGAUGCCGCCUCGAGCAUCACAUCCUCCCUGGAGCUGAGCAUCCAGACGCGGAUCUUUAAGAUCAUCGUCAUCGGGGACUCCAACGUGGGGAAGACGUGCCUCACCUUCCGCUUCACCGGGGGGAGCUUCCCCGACAAGACCGAGGCCACCAUCGGCGUGGAUUUCAGGGAGAAGGCGGUGGAGAUCGAAGGGGAGACUAUCAAGGUGCAGGUAUGGGACACAGCAGGCCAGGAGCGCUUUCGUAAAUCCAUGGUGGAACACUACUACCGCAACGUCCACGCAGUGGUCUUUGUGUAUGACGUCACCAAGAUGACUUCCUUCCGCAACCUACAGACAUGGAUAGAGGAGUGUAAUGGCCACCGGGUCUCAGCAUCAGUACCUCGAGUCCUGGUGGGAAACAAGUGUGACCUCGUGGAGCACAUACAGGUGCCCUCCAACAUGGCGUUGAAGUUUGCCGACUCUCACAACAUGCUGCUGUUUGAGACGUCGGCCAAGGACCCGAGGGAGAGUCAGAACGUCGACUCCAUCUUCAUGUCGAUCGCCUGCCGCCUGAAGGCCCAGAAAUCCCUGCUCUACAGAGACGUGGAGAGAGAGGACGGGAGAGUCCGACUCACACAAGAGACUGAAACAAAGAGUAGUUGUCCUUGUUGAGGAAAAGGAGGAGUGGGAGGCAUAAUGGAAGGGGGAAGAGAGAAGAGUAACUGUACAUGUGAAAAAAGAGGAGGAGAGGGAGGAUGGGAGAGUGAGGCUAAAAACAAGAGUCUUUUAAAUUACGUGCAACUUUUCUGGUUUUGGAGGAGGAAUGAGGCUGACACUAAGCAAUGUGUUUCAAGGAAGCGGAUGGAGGAGGAUAGGGUGGAGAGAGAGGGUGCUGAAGAUAGAGAGAAAAGAGGACAAAGGGAUUCAUUGACCAUUCAGAAAUGAGUCGACGUUGCCGUUUAGACUACAGCAUAGCGUAGAAAUUCUUCCAUCUUUUCAAACAUAGACAGAAACUGAGUGAAUAUACUUUCAGCGUGCCCAGUGCACAGGCAAACAAAAAGCAAGAGAUGGGUCAUUUGGGGUUUUACAACAAACAGUCUUGAUGCAAGUGCUGUUUAUGACAGCCAUUGCUAACAGCAACAUACUGAGGCAACAUAUUUGAACACAGUCUCAUUUUUGUUGCCUUGUCCUGAUUGAUUUUCAUCCACAUCCUAGCUGAAAGCAGUAUUUCACAACCUAUGUCCACUGCCUUAAAAAAAGCUGCCUCUGUCUUGGUUUUAAGAACUCAGUCAGGCAAAAAUAGCAUAGAGGUUUCAAGUGGUUUAACCUACUCCAUGAUGACCGAAUAACUCUUUUUGUCUCCGAAUUUUCCAUAUCUAUAUGAGUCAAUCCUUCAAGAGCAGGACAGUUGACUUCAAAUCACUGUGAGAUCAUGAAUACAGGGGAUGGAUGGGGAAACGCUUCCUAGACAAACGUAAUGUGGAUAAAAUAUGGGGCAAAAAAAAUACCAGGUUAGCUCGAAGGACCAAUUCAGGAAGACCUUGACAACAAGGUUUCCUGAGAAAAAAUGGAGCAUCUAGAGGUUGUCAGGCAGCGUGUCACAUAUUGAUUUAGAGGCUGUAAAAGAUCCUCUUGCCCUUAUGCAGGAGAAAUGCACUCCGUCAUCUAGCAUCUAAUCCUGACGUAAACAUAUCCCCUCUAUGCUAACCUUCUGCCACAGUGGCUUAUCCAGCUUUCCUUUGUGUGCAAAUGCAAAAACACCCAGUUUUUUUGGGUGACUUCAAGCUAGCCAGUACAGCAGGCUAUUAUCAUGAACCAUUCGUAGAUAUAGUUACUAAAAGUAAUGCACCGUAAUUCGUAUGUAAUCCACAGAUUUAUUGCUGUGUGCACCACAGUAACUGCCGCUGUAUAAGACUGCUCUAGUGCGCGUAGGGAGGAAGUCGGGGUGGAUGGGUGGUCAUAAAAAACAUGGCUUUCAAGCGGUUGUGUCCUCAGAGUACUACUUGAAGGGACCAUUUUAAAAUCUUAAAAUGGUAUCUUGUCAUUUUGGUGCCUGAACUUAACUGUCCCCGCCACACGACGGUCCCUUUUUGUCGACUAAACUUAACCGCAACGGCCUCUGAAAUGACCGGGCACCUCGCGAUGACCGGUACCUGUCUCCCAGUAAUCUUUUCUUUGCCAAAUAUAACUGCGAAGACUGCUAAACUCAACUGUCGUGUGACCGGUCGUCACGUGACCGGCCGGCGGUCGUCUAAUUCCGUAGGAUAUCACACAAAUUGGUGUGCAUACGUUUUUGUGUACGAUAUCACAGGAACCCGUUCAUUAGAAUGCUGACAUUGGCAGCAAUUCAAAAUAUUCUGUAAUGCACUUUUUUUCAAAGUAAAACCCUUCUUUCUGUCUUAGAUGAUGUGCUCUCCACAUCAAUAUCACUGCCUCAAGUCUCAGAGGGGACAGGAAACACGACAGAAAACUGUGACCCCCUGUAUACAUAAUGGAUAUAUUUAUACUGCUACACAUCCUGAGCCUGGGUGUGCGGUAUGAGUGGACUUUUCAGCCUGGUGUCUGUAUAAGGGAACGAGUCCAGGUGUGUUCGAGCCAUGGAUGAUAUACAGGCUGCAUGAAACACUGUAGUAAGCCAUAUUUAUUAUUAACCCUACAGAGAUGCUUUGCAUUGAGAUAGCUCCCAGCUGGGUUGUGGAUGGACGAACACACUGUACAUAACUCAGAGUUGGAGCUAUGAAGCCGUUGUAAUAAUAAGGCAUCAAUCCACGCACCUGACUGUGCCGCUGUCACUUUGAUAUAGCAGCACACUUGCCAUAUCUUACCCUAUUUUAACAUUGUAGCCUACUUUUGCGAUCCUAUAAAUAUAUUUGGAUGCCAUAUGUAAAAGAAAAUCAGAUCAGUGAACAUUUCAGACCGUUGUUCCCUCCAAGCUGACAGUCUGAUGGUGUCCUAAUUAAUUCACCUCACUGAGUGAUUUAAACACUGCAAAUCCAAGUUAAAUCCAUACAGCUAUUGUCUGA